AUGCUUGUUUUCAGAACGGCUCAUCGAUGCAUGCUGGCCAUCUAUUCUUUACCCCCUUUGCUCGUUGUUCACGCUCUUUUUGACACCACUGGAUGGCGCGAGCCACUCAUUACUCUCCCUCAUGAUGAACGGCUUUCCCUGGCGGAAAGUACACUCAGUGUCGCUGCGCGACAAACUGACUAUGGAGACGCUUCGAGUCUCCGGAACGGACAGUCGGCUGUACUUCUGUAUACCAUGGCGGAGUAUGACUUACGUGCCAAUAGCACCGUCUUCCAGACCAACGUGACGGCAGCAUUGGAUACUUUGGCGGGAGAUAACAACGGUGGCUUUGCAUCACUGCAGCGUGGCUUGAGGUCUAAUAGCGAUCGCCUACGACUGGGCUUAGCUUACUUCUCUGCGUAUCUGGCAUAUGCAGAGGACGACUUCCUCAAUGCAUCUCGCGCUUUGUGGGAGGCUUCGGCUACCCUCUUUGUCUCGCAGAAUGCUGCUGAGGCCGGCACCAUACUCGGCGUAGUAUCCGGUUUCAACUCGACAUGCUCAUCUCCAAAUGAAGACACGCUUAUGUCUGUGGCUGGUGCCGUGUAUUGGACGCCAGACUCAGGGCUAAGCAACGGAGAGACCAUUGGGCCAUGGAUCAUUCUUUCAUCGCUGCUAUACGGGAUAGACCGCAACAACACCUUUCUCGCCUUCGCUUCUCAGUCCGUACAGUUCGCAAAGACCUUUCUAUCAAACGGCACUAUGUUCUUCGACGCAUACGAUAUCAACAACUGUACAUUGAAUUCGGCGACGCAAACAUACAAUGGCGGCUACUUUCUGCAAGGCUUGAAGGCAUACUACACCGCGAAUAUGACGUCCGUUGCGGCCGAGGAUUUGAACUACCUGAACGAGCUAGCAGCGUCAUUGAUCCUCUUCCCGGGUUGGACUGAGCCGACGACGGGCAUCAAUAGGGAGGAUGCAAUUACGUCUCCUACGGCCAAUGUAUCGGUGACAAACUUCAUUGCCGACUGGAAGGCGAUCUUGGUAGAAGGUCUAUAUCAGUGCCUCUCUGCCGGCUUGCUCAAUGGCACCGUAGCCAAUCUCACUCAACAGUACAUAUCAGUCCAGUACAACGCUGUGAGGGAGUUAGCGAGCUUCACGACACCAGGGAUUGAUCAGCUAGUGUACGGCCCGAGCUGGGUUGGUACUCCGAUACCAUUGCAAGAUUAUAAUCCUCCGGGACAGUACGCCGCCUCUGCGUUGUUUGUGACCGCGUUGGGAGUCGGUCCCGGUCACGAUGUUGAUGGGACGCCGAACGAUUCUUCCUCUAAGGUGAUGGCUACCCGUCGAAAGCGAGAAGCCGCCAUCAUAGGCGGUGUCGUAGGCGGCCUAGUCAUUCUUGUCGCCUCUAUCAUCGGCGUUGUCUGGUGGCGCCGUCGAAAGCACGCGAAAGCGACGCUAUUAUCCGAGGAGUACCCGCGGCGCUCCAGCACCCUCGUGGACCCAUACUUUGCUACCACAUCCCAGUAUCCCGUGUGUAAGCAUGGUGGGAAGUCUCUCCACUCUGGCGACGGUCUCGUUCAUCCGGAGAAGUGCCCGUCUACACCAACUGGUCGGUAUUCGACCUCCAGUAGUGGACCGUCUCUUUCCGCGCGCGACUCCGCAAGGUUCGAGCCGCAUGAGGGAGCUGCUUUGACGGUUCGUGUGAACGCCAGUCUCUUGCGACAGCUACUACUCGACGUUGGUGGAGGAGCAUCAAACUUGCAACGUGAUGGGGCUGGGACGGGCUUGAAUCCUGAAGCAGGACCGCCGCCCGGUUACGAGGAGAGAGUUAUGUGA